AUGCGCGCGUAUUAUUAUGAUAACAAAGAAACAGAUCCUCGUGAACCGCACGAACAGACUCCUCUGACACUGGUGACUCCUGAAGAGCUUGCAAAUUUUGGAAUUCUAUACUGGCAGUUGGGUGACGACUACCUUAGUCAAAUAGAUAAAAUAUGUGAAGAAAGGCAUUAUAAAAAUCGGGAUGAACUUACUUGUUCGAGAGAAGGUCUAGGUGCCGCUUACGAAAGCAAAAUUAAGACAUUUUUUGAGGAGCAUCUUCAUGAAGAUGAAGAAAUUCGCUAUGUUGUUGAGGGUACUGGAUACUUUGACGUUCGCGAUCGUGCGGAUCGUUGGAUUCGUUUGGCUGUCAGUAAAGGCGAUUUAAUCGUUUUGGUGAGAAUUGCUUAUGUCAUAUAUUAA